AUGACAUCUACUUUCCUCAAUGAUUAUAAUGACCAGAGCAUCAGAGGCAGCAAUAGGCAGUCUAAGAUUUCUGAGCAGAGUGUGGCAAAGACUGAAAAAUCACAGCCAUUCAUCAAGGAGGAAGUGCUUUUGGAAAUUUACAAUGACAUGUUCCCGUGCACAGCGGAGCAAUUUUUCAAGCUUUUGUUAGAUGAUGAUUCAACCUAUACAAAUGAGUAUCGUAAUGUCCGGAAGGAUUCCAACCUCAUAAUGGGUCAGUGGCAUUCCGCUGAUGAGUAUGAUGGUCAAGUCAGGGAAAUUACAUUUCGAUCCGUGUGCAACAGUCCGAUGUGUCCUCCGGAUACAGCAAUGACGGAAUGGCAGCAUGCUGUUUUAUCAGCAGAUAAGAAGAAACUGGUGUUCGAGACCGUACAACAGGCACAUGAUGUUCCAUUCGGGUCAUACUUUGAGAUUCACUGUAGAUGGUCGUUAGAGUCUAAUUCCGAGUCUUCGUGCACCAUUAAUAUUAGAGUUGGUGCUCAUUUCAAGAAAUGGUGUGUGAUGCAAUCGAAGAUCAAAUCGGGCGCUAUCAACGAGUAUAAGAAAGAGGUGGAAAUGAUGCUAGAUGUGGCGCGUUCAUACAUCCAGAGGAAGACUAGCAAGACAGAAACUACACCAUCACCUCCAAAUGUUGUUCAAGAAAGUAGAUGAAAUGGCACAGUCAAUCUCUUUAUAAACUAUAUAUAUGUAUAUACAUUAUUUGUAAAAUUAUCCUAUGAAAGCAGUUUAAUAAUGACUACACUUUUUUU